AGGGAAGGAAACCCGCACGUGGCACCCCUGCUUUCAAAAUCUAAUUUCGUUCGAAACAACUGCGGCCGGAGUGUAGUUUCUUAAAAGUUCUUGCAUUCCGGAAGAUAAAAGAUAAAACGCUACAACGCUUAUAAUGAGGAGUUUACUUUAUUCGCCGGCGACCGCGACGUCGUGGCACUCCUGCCUACUCUCACUGUCGUAUUUUUCCAUGUUGCAGCACUCCACUAGACCACCGGAAUUUCCAUGGUUUCAAGAUGGAAAAAGUGUCGGAGGACCGCGUCUAGUAGCCGCAACAGUUUCUCCUGGUACGAUGUUGAAAGAUCGCAAAAUGCGAGGUGCAAAAGUUGCUGUAACAACAGAAAACAAAGCAAAAGAGGAGCAGCUGCACAAGACGACGACCGCCGGGCGCGGAGUGACGCGGGCAACAAAAUCAACAUUUUUUCAGGGUCUGCAGGCUCGUUCUUUCCGCGCGCCACGAGUAAAAAAGCACUUGUGGUGCGACGAUCCAGGGGAUUGCAUUCGCAGGAAGUUCUUUCAUGACGGCACAAAGACCGGCGGUCCUCGCGGCGGCGAGGAGGCGGACCAGUUUGAAUGCAUUCCCAUGGCACCUGUUGCGAAGUUUCAGAACCCGGAGACUGUCGGGAAGCCGGUCCACACGACAGAACCGCGGAUAGGGGCGGGAGCUAGUACAACUACCAGUUUCACUCCAAGUCCGAUGUGUCCUGAGGUGCUGGAAUGUUUGCAGCUCGUGGGCACAAGUAGGUACAUGAUUACAGCGAAAGAAGCGCCAAGAACUGCUACAGAAACGCCGAGCUGGUCGGUGGUGGGGGUGAGCGGACGGAACGAGGCCGAUGGUGGUGAUAAGAACCACCUCGACGUAGAAGUAGAAGAACUGGCCGGUGCGCGGUCAGGAGAAGAUGGGACCACUGACAGAAGUAAAAUUGCAGACGGCAGAGCGACUUCGGCCUUCGCAGAGAUCGAGGACACGAGGAAUGUGGACCCCCCGAGGAUGCAGUGUCGCAGGGUUCGGAAUCAUUUGAGCAAAAAUAUUGGCCCAAAGAUCGGAAGGCUGUGGUCAGACGUUGUUAACUCGAGGUGCAUUCGACCACGCAGCAGGACCACCGCCGAUAAGCAUCUUCUUCCCUCCAACUUCAAAAAAGGUGAAGUAGCAUCGCAGUAUGAGUGCGUGCAGCUGGAGCUGGACCUGCGAAACCGUUCAAGGUCCGAAAGACCGCUCACGCGAGUAGCUCGUGUAGUUCCGGUGGAGCUUGGGCCGGAAGACGAGCUGCAACCGGCGUCACCCACCUGUGCGCACAUUGAUUUUUGCCUGAGCACUCUGGCGCGAGGCUAUGUAGUUUCGGCCCCAAGCGAAGGAACCAUCAGGGCCCGGACGGAAAUGAAGCGAAAAGCUAACCACUAUCUGAGGGAUCAUCACAUUCACACGCAAGAACAAUUGCCCGAGGCUCUUCCAGAGGGCAUAAAAAGGGACGGGAGCGCUGCGAACGAGAGCAGCAAUAUGAAAUUAAACCCGGAAGAAAGAAAAAACCUGGCCGCGGAGUUGGCAGAUCUGCAAACCGAGGUCGCAAAGUUGACGCACAUGCUCGCUGCCGAGGACGCGGAGCAGGAUAAAUUAUUCGCGGCAGUGGAAAAAGAGCUGCAGGAGAAAGAUGCUAAGUGUGCAAAUAUUCAGUCCGAUACCUCAUCGAUCGCCGAUCUGCUCGAAUCCGAACACGCAAAGUUGCAGAGGCAAGCUCGACUCGCUGGCGACGCUGUCUUGCAGAAAAUAGAAGGGUCAGCCUCCUUCGCAGGUCGUGGUGGUGGAAAUUCUGGGACACGAGGGGAUGGUCUUUUGUUGGAAGAGACGGCGGAAAAAACGAGGGCGCAAUUCGACCAGAUUUUCGACAACUGGAACUGGUUCUGGCAUGGUGGCGAUCUCAUAGACACCCAGACCGGGGAAGUUUUGCAGCGAGACGCGCCUUCCUUCGCUUCCAAAGUGGAUACGUUGCUCGAGCACUGGAAAACGUUUCACUAUGGCGGGGCGAAAGAGGAUGAUGUGGGCGGCAAGGAGAAAUGAAGAUGAUCCCUGCAACCAGAACAUUUUGAACUUGAAGUAGAAAAGCCCAAUGAAGAAAGUGUUUCCUUGUAUAAAUACUAUCCCAGAACCAGAAGCAAGCAGUUGCAUUUAGUUGCUUGAUUAAAAUCAAAGCCGACGCGGACGAUCAUGCUGGCGUCGUUCGAUAUGCGGUGGGAGUCAGCCCCAGCGAGAAAAUGAAAUUGCAAUAUGAG